AUGCCCACCUUUGACGGGCGCGGGCUAGUGUCGCCGGGGUCCCGGUGGCGAUGGUGCCGGUGGACGUGUCUUCUGGCGAUUCCCGCAGGGAGGGGGGAAGAGGAGGAGGGCGAGGAGCGCGACUCAGAGGCGACCCCCGAGGGGAUGGGGGAGACCUCGCGCUUGCACAAGGCCGACAUCCUCCGCACCCUGCCUGAUGACAACGACGAAGCUGAAGUUCCCCCGGAGAGGGAGGAGCCGCCCGUGGCUGGAGACUCCUCGGGGCCUAAUGCCAGCCCCCGGAGGAGGUCACCGGCCGAGGUUCCGACGAGGGGCAGGUCGGCGCUGAUCUCCCGAGACGUCAUUCCUACUCCGACACCGCUUGGAGCUACUUCCGGCCCAUCUGCUGUCCCUUCUUCUGCUCCUGGAGCCCGCGCGCCCGCGCCUCAGGCUGCGAGGCUCUCAGGCUUCAAGCUUAAGAAGCGGAGGGACUACGAUGCGGUGGACCAGCCGACGCCUGCGGCGAAGAAGAGGAAGGAGGAAGAGGUGGUACUGCUCGGGACCAGAUCACCUACGGCGGCCGCACCCCUCUCCAUGGACAAGGGCAGCGACAGCUCUCGCGCUUCUCCAGCCCGGUCAUCCUCGCAAGGCUCGGGGAAGCAUCCUCGGGAGAAGUCAGCCCCCGUGGCCCCGCUGGCUCUGGAGGUGCCAACGUCCGGCCCGGGCGCUGGGGUCCCUGAAGCUCAGGAGCUUCUGGCCUCCCAGGCCAUGGAGACGACGUCGCCUCCUCCUCCUCCUCCUGCCGCACUGCUAUCUCUGGGUCCUUCCGCCUCCCCUGACAUCCUGGAGCGCGCUCUUUCUGCGAUGACCCUGCUGCGAGAAGAUCUUCGGGGCGCCGACCCCCGCUUGGUAGCCGGGCACCUGGAGCUGGUCUCUGGCUGGCUUCACUCAAAUGUGUCCGUUUGGGCGGCGCUGAGCCAGGCGGCAGCAACCUCCGAGAAGGACAAGCAGGCCACCACUCAGGCCGCUGCCGCUUGUGAGGUGGCGCUGAAAGAUGUCGGGGUCACCCAUGAUCGCUGCCAGUUGCUGGAGGCCGAAUUGAAGACUCUGCGCAACGAGCGUGUGAAAGAAGCUCAUGGCCGCAAGGCGGAGGAGGAUAAGAUGAAGGCCCGAGAGGACGCCGUCAGGGGUCGCGACACCGAGCUGGAGCAGUUGGGGAAGGCGCAGGCCGCGGAGCGGAGCCGGCUGGAGAAGCUGAAGCGGGAGAUGGAAGCGGAGAAAGCCGAGCUUGACGCCAAGGCGAAGGAAGAAGCCCGCAUUCUUUCUUCAGCCGCGUUGACGCGCGUCUUCAUCCACCUCCAUCUUCGUGAUCCCACCACCCACCUUGACGAGCUGCUGGAACCUGUGGACGCCGAGCACUACGCAGCUGCUGCUGAAGCCGUGAAGAGCCAGGUGGAGGCCCUGCUGAAGAGGUUCCGCGCCUUCGAUCCCGUGCCUUCAACUGGUGGUGCUGCUGAUCCUGCAACUCCGGCGGGCGGUGCAGGCGAGGGCAAUGCCGCUACAGGGGAAGCUUCCCUUGUGGGCGACGGCGGUGCCCGGAAAUGA